AUGACGUACCUCCUCUGGGGCGGCAAGAGUGCCACGGAGCACCGCGAGAUGCUGGAGGCGGCCGUGGAGAAGGAACCAGUGUUCGCAAACUCCGAUCUCUAUUGCUUGGACAGGCCCGGGCGCCACCGGCGCUGCAUGCAGAAGCAGCGCCGCGUAAUCGAGCUGGCUAGAGAGCUGCAGGUGCCGCGGGCGUCCGUGCGUGCCGCGGUGCACGACCAGCUGGGCACCGAUCUCCAGGAUCUGAUGUUCCUGCCGAACAUACGAGCGACUUUUUCUGAGGAGCAGCAGGCGCACUGGCUUCCGCGUGCCGAGUCGUGGGAGGUGCUGGGCUGCUACGCUCAGACUGAGCUUGGCCACGGCAGCAACGUGAGGGCCCUCGAGACCACGGCCACGUACCUGCCGGAGAGCGACGAGUUCGAGAUACACAGCCCCACGACGACGAGCACCAAAUGGUGGCCGGGCGCGCUGGGCAGGACUGCCAACCACGCGAUCGUCUACGCGCGCCUCAUCCUUGAUGGGCGAGACAUCGGCAUCCACAAUUUUAUGGUCCAGAUCCGUGACCUGGAAACGCACAGGCCGCUUCCUGGCAUCACGGUGGGCGACAUCGGCCCCAAGAUUGGUUACAACAACCAGGACAACGGCUUCUGCCGCUUCGACCGCGUGCGCAUCCCACGCACCAACAUGGCCAUGAAGUACGCCACCCUCAGUCCCGCUGGCGAGUACACCACCUUGCCUGCCAGGAAGGUCGCAUCCUACUCGUCCAUGACGCACGUGCGGGUGACGAUCGUGGUGUCCAGCGGCCUGGCCCUCAGCGCUGCCUGCACCAUCGCCGUCCGCUACUCCGCGGUGCGGCGACAGGGCUUCACGUCCAGGGGCGAUGGCAGCGAGGAGUGCGUGCUCGACUACGCCAUGCAGCAGCACCGCCUGCUGCCCCUGGUCGCCACCUCGUACGCGUUCCACGUCAGCGGGCAGGCGAUGCAGCGCAUGGCCGCCGGCGACGACGUGGAGGCGCUGCACACCGCCUCCUCGGGCCUCAAGGCGCUGUGCUCGCGCAUCACCUCGGACGGCAUCGAGGCGUGCAGGAAGGCCUGCGGCGGCCACGGCUACCUGGCCGUCUCCGGUCUCCCCGAGCUGCUGGGGAACUACAUCCAGAACGUCACGGUCGAGGGCGAGAACUUCGUCAUCGCCCAGCAGACCACCCGCGGCCUGCUCAAGCAGCUCGCCAGGGCGCGCGCCGCGGCUCUGCAGGGCGCCCACGAGCGCCCCGCGGCCGCGGCGGUCGCCGGCCGGGAGGGCGACGCGGACUACGUGCACGACCUGGAAGGGGCCGUGUCGGCGCGCUGCACCGCGCAGAGCGCCAAGGACUUCCUGUCCCCCGCGCUGCAGUGCGAGGCGUACAGGCAGCGCGCCGCGUGGCAGCUGCGGGAGGUGGAGCGUGAGCUCGCGGAGGCCGAGGCCUCCGGGCUGCCGCGCGAGGACGCCUGGAACGCGGUCGGCCCGGAUAUCAUCCGGGCCUCCGAGGCGCACUGCUUCCACGUGCUGGUGCGCCACUUCUGCGACGCCGUGGGGGAGUUGUCUCGGAGCGCCCGCGUGUCUCCAGCAGUGGCCAAGGCGCUGGAGAGCUGCAGCUGCCUGUUCAGUCUGUACUGGAUGCAGGAGGGCAUGGGGGACUUCCUGCAGAGUGGCUACCUGGACGUCCAGCAGGCGACGAUGCUCCGCAGCGCCGCGCGCGGCAUGCUGGCAGUGCUGCGGCCAGACGCGGUGGCCCUCGUGGACGCAUGGGGCCACAGCGACCACAGCCUGAACUCGGCGCUGGGGCGGCACGACGGGCAGGUCUACGAGGCGCUCUACGCCUCGGCGCAGGGCGACGUGAACCCGAUGAACUCGGAGCCCGUGGCCCCGGCCUUCGAGGAGUCCCUGAAGCCCAUGCGGAGCCGGCUCUGA